ACAAAAGAGAAAGAAAAAAAACUAGGCCGAUCCCGAUCUCCCUGGUCUACCCCGACGAAACCCACCUUCCCACUCUCGGCCGAUCCAGAUCUCCGCCUCCUCACUUCCCCGCCCCCAACCGGACGCUUCCGCCGCCGCCGUCGCCGUCGCCGGCGGCGACCAGCCAGCCAUCAUCCACUCCGAGCCUCCAGCCGAACGCCAAUGGAGCAGCUCCGGACGAUCGGGCGGGAGCUGGCGAUGGGGUCGCAGGGCGGGUGGGGGCAGUCGAAGGAGUUCCUGGACCUCGUCAAGUCCAUCGGCGAGGCGCGCUCCAAGGCGGAGGAGGACCGCAUCAUCUCCCGCGAGCUCGAGCACCUCAAGCGCCGCCUCGCCGACCCGGACGUGCCCCGCCGCAAGAUGAAGGAGCUCCUCCUCCGCCUCGUCUACGCCGAGAUGCUCGGCCACGACGCCUCCUUCGGCCACAUCCACGCCGUCAAGAUGACCCACGACGAGUCCCUCCCGCUCAAGCGCACGGGGUACCUCGCCGUCGCGCUCUUCAUCGACGAGCGCCACGACCUCGUCAUCCUCGUCGUAAACACCAUCCAGAAGGACCUCAGGUCCGACAACUACCUCGUCGUCUGCGCCGCGCUCACCGCCGCGAGCCGGCUUAUCGGCGAGGAGGCCAUCCCUGCCGUGCUGCCCCAGGUCGUCGAUCUUCUCGCGCACCCCAAGGAGGCCGUGCGGAAGAAGGCUGUCAUGGCGCUCCACCGAUUCUACCAGCGAUCCCCCUCAUCCGUCUCCCACCUCGUCUCCAACUUCCGCAAGAGACUCUGUGAUAAUGAUCCUGGGGUAAUGGGUGCAACUCUGUGCCCACUCUAUGACCUGAUUUUGGAAGAUCCAAGUUCCUACAAGGAUUUAGUCGUUAGUUUUGUUAACAUCCUCAAACAAGUUGCGGAGAGGAGGCUUCCGACUUCCUACGAUUACCACCAAAUGCCCGCACCAUUUAUUCAGAUAAAACUAUUGAAAAUACUUGCUGUGCUGGGUAGUGGUGACAAGCAAGCAAGUGGCCAUAUGUACACUGUCUUGGGCGACAUAUUCAGGAAGGGUGACACUGCCAGCAAUAUUGGCAAUGCAAUAUUGUAUGAAUGCAUAUGUUGUAUCUCAUCCAUUUAUCCCAACUCUAAGAUCAUGGAUGCUGCAGCUGAAACAACAUCGAAGUUUUUGAAGAGUGAUAGCCAUAAUCUUAAGUACAUGGGUAUUGAUGCUCUUGGAAGACUAAUAAAAAUAAAUCCUGAUAUUGCAGAAGAGCACCAAUUGUCUGUUAUCGACUGCUUAGAGGACCCCGAUGACACUUUGAAGCGUAAGACCUUUGAGCUUCUUUAUAAGAUGACAAAAUCAACUAACGUUGAAGUGAUUGUUGAUCGGAUGAUUGAGUAUAUGAUCAGCAUAACCGAUCACCAUUACAAGGCAGAAAUUGCAUCCCGUUGUGUUGAGCUAGCAGAACAAUUUGCACCCAGCAAUCAGUGGUUCAUCCAGACCAUGAACAAAGUCUUUGAGCAUGCUGGUGACCUGGUCAACAUUAGAGUGGCACACAAUUUAAUGAGGCUCAUUGCCGAAGGAUUUGGAGAGGAGGAUGAAGGUGCUGAUAGCCAAUUGAGAUCAUCAGCUGUAGAUUCCUACCUCCGGAUUCUGGGGGAGCCAAAGCUUCCCUCCUCAUUUUUGCAGAUCAUAUGCUGGGUUUUGGGGGAAUAUGGAACUGCAGAUGGGAAGCAUCCUGCUUCUUAUAUUAUUGGGAAGUUGUGUGAUGUGGCAGAGGCCCACCCAACUGAUGACACCGUCCGGGGUUAUGCAGUAUCAGCAAUUUUGAAGAUAUUUGCAUUUGAAAUUGCUGUUGGAAGGAAGACUGAUAUGUUGCCGGAGUUUCAGUCAUUGGUAGAUGAACUAUCAGCUUCACAUUCAACAGAUUUGCAGCAGCGUGCAUAUGAGGUGCAGGCUUUACUAGGCUUGCACAAACAGGCUGUUGAAAGUGUAAUGCCCUCAGAUGCAAGCUGUGAAGAUAUCGAGGUCGACCGAAACCUGUCAUUUCUUAACAGUUAUGUGCAGCAAGCCUUGGACAAGGGUGCGGCACCCUACAUUCCUGAAAGUGAACGCUCAGGUGUUGCGAGUGUUGGUAACUACAGAACCCAUGAUCAACAUGAGACAUCUGCGCACACUCUUAGAUUCGAGGCCUAUGAGCUACCUAAACCUUCACUACCAACAGCAACCUCACAAACCAGCAUUUCCCUACCAACAACAGACCUUGUUCCAGUUCCAGAACAAAGCUACUAUAAGGACGAUCAUCAAAUGUCAAGGCCCCAGCCGUCUGGCAAUGCACUUUCUGGUGAAUUUGGUACCAAGCUUCGUCUUGAUGGGGUUCAGAAGAAAUGGGGAAGGGAAUCCUAUUCCUCCUCUUCUACCCCUUCAAGCUCAACCUCUAGCCAACAAGCAGCCAAUGGGAGCACUAACUCUGAUGGGGGAGGGUUGGUGGUAAGUUCACAGGCACGAGAAUCCUCUUAUGGUUCUAAGAGACAGCAGGGAACAGAAGUUUCAGCAGAAAAACAACGGUUGGCUGCUUCACUUUUUGGUUCCUCGGCUGCUAAAGCCGAUCGGAAGGGACAUGCUGGUCGGAAGGCAGCAAAAGAGAGUCACUCAACUGACAAGGUAAAUGUUGCUCAUGCAGCACCUCAGCCCGCCAAGGACCAAGUAAUCCCUGCUGUCCCACCGCCCGAUCUGUUGGAUCUUGGUGAGCCGGUUUCAUCAAGUGCCCCAUCAGCUGACCCCUUCUCGCAGUUAGAUGGACUCCUUGGUCCAGCAUCAGCCUCUCCCGUGCUUUCUGGAACCUCUGCUCCCAGCGCUUCCAGUACACCAGAUCUUAUGUCAAUCUUCUCGGAUGAUGUACAAACUGGAUCCACCAGUGGAUCCACAGAUGCCACAGUAGGUGAUGUUCAUUUGAAAAACUCCCAGAAAGGAGCAACUUCGGUUGCUGCAAAAAAGGGCCAUAGCCUUCAAGAUGCCUUGCAGAAGGACGCCACUGCACGCCAAGUUGGUGUGACUCCGACAGGGAACAAUCCUAAUCUUUUCAAGGACUUGCUAGGCUAGAAUAUACAUCAGAUGUUGAGUGCACACAAGUUGGGUAAGAGAAGUUUGCCCCCAAGACAUUCCGAUCGGUGAACCGGUGAUGAUCACGCUGUUUGAUCAGCACAGGAACAAGAGGUAUAUUUGGUUUUGAGUCACAAGGCACGACCUUUCCCCCUCUUGACUGGGAGGGGUUUGUGUGGUUGAGAGAUGGACGUUUGCGGGUAAAUUUCCUCGCAUUUUUCGCAUGACAAUUUCUUGUUGAGACUAGUGUACAUGUGUUUGUUACAUGAUGUGUAAUUUGUACAUGCAUGAUGAGGCUGGGUCCAGAAGGCGUGUGCCUGUGCUCUUUUGUUCAGUUGGAUGGGGGCCUGUCACGUCGAUGUUCAAGAUUUACCCAUAUUGGAUAUACAGUAGCUGGACAUUUGGAACUAAAAUACUGUGUCAUCGAUUCCUUUUUGAACUGGAUGAAAUAAAAAUGCAAGUCUGUCAAUGGUUCUUGCCUUAUUUAUGCAAUAGAUUUUCUUCUUCAA